GGACUGCCUGUCACGAGGAUCGAGGUUCUUGAUAAACUUGUUAAAUUCCAGGUUUAUAAACAACAUCGAUGCUCGUGCCAGGCAGUCCAACCCUGAUUAUUUAUUGGCCCCUAUGGAUUACCGCCCCAUCACUUUUAUACCUCCUGCCCUGCUCAUACCUGAUCUUUCAAGAACUCGACUCGGCAGGACGACGACGGCAUUCUUCAUGUCCAAGUGAGCUAUUGCUCUAGCAGAAUUCAGUGACAUUCACGUAGUUUGCUUUAAAAAUAUCUUCCCUGGCUGUGGUGGUCAGAUCAGACCAUAAGCACGGAAACAAGUUAUUUUACGCAUCGCAGUGGUCGUGGUUUCAUCAAGAUGGGGCGGUUGUCCGUGAUUCUUCUUGUAUUCUGCAUGAUUGGGGUGCCGAAAAUACUGGCAUGCCGAAGUCUGGGAAGUUUACCAGACGCGAAGACUACCCGAGAUGACGUGCCUCAACUGUGUCGAGAUGAGGGUAUUUUGGCUUACGUGGAUGCACCGUCAAGCAUCUACGGCCAUGACCUAAGCGACAGCAUUGAACUGGCUUUGCAGGGUCUGAUAGACUCUGGCUGUUCUGACAUCUUGAGCCGGUUCUUGUGCGCGGCCCACUUCCCUCGACUGGAUCUGGUGCGCUAUGGAGUACACAACUUCGAUUUCUACUUGCGGCCCUGCGCUGAAGUCUGCCGGGCGGUAUGGCGUGAUUGCCGGAUCACCGCCCGCCAGCUUCGCAUCGAACGCACGCCGGAGUUUGACUGCAAGAACUUUCCUUCAGAAAAGACAGACGAAUGUCUGUCCUAUCUGUACCCACCGAGGGACCGGCCAAUAAUCGUCAACAGCACCAGGCACAACGCGACUAGCGUCUCCAUCCUCUACGCUCCCCCUGAGAAAGCCUCCAUGACGGAGACGCUUCGCGUCCGCUACAACGAGACCUUAUCAUGGGGACAAGUUGGGAGGGAAAUAUUCCAGACCAUCUCCCGAAGCCGAUCGUACAGCACGUUGAACAUCACGGACCUGAAGAGUGCAGGGAACUACACAUUUGAAGUCACCGCCUUGAACAACUUCGGCGAAGGCCCUAAGAUAUUUUUAGACGUGCCGGCGUUUCAUAACGACAUUGGAACGGGUUGUGAAAACAUCACUGUGCAGAUGUGCCAGUCGGGAAUUGACUACAGUCAGACUGCCAUGCCGAAUAGUCUAGGUCACUGGAACCAGGAGGACGCCGGUCUUGAGAUUCACCAAUUCUCUACUUUGGUGGAAGUUGAAUGCUCCUCCUACGCCCGGACGUUCCUGUGUGCCAUGUCCACUCCUAGAUGUACCACUGGUCCCAGCAGCACACUGCUGCCCUGUAGAGAUCUCUGCGUGCAGGCGAGGAACGGUUGCGAGGAGUUUCUGAUCAAAUAUGGCUUUUCAUGGCCGGAAGGUCUGACGUGUGAGAGUUUGCCCAGCUACGAUGAAGGGAGUGAUUGCUACUUAGGCGGUGCGCCUGUGCUUGAGGUCUGGACCGAUGAUCAGUGCGAAGAUAUUCCCGUGUCCUGGUGCCGGUCUGCUUUGGGAUACAACCAGACUGCGAUGCCCAAUAGUCUCGGUCACCAGACUGUGCGUGAUGCCGAGCUGCUGCUUAUGACAUUUACACCAGUCGUUCAGUACGGGUGCUCGCCUCACUUCAGCAGCUUCAUCUGUUCCUUGUUCCUGCCCAGUUGCUACUCAGCCUCGGUGUUACCUUGCCGUGAACUGUGUGAGGAGGCUAGGAAUGGCUGCACAGAGGUGCUGCUUGAAUUUGGCUUCCCGUGGCCUGAGCAACUGGCGUGUGAAGAUCUGCCGAGCCAUAAUGAUGGAGCUACUUGUUACCUCGGAGAUUUUCAGCCAAUGCAGGGUACCACCAACGUCACUCCUGCCGUCAAGCCACGCCGUUAUGACACUCACAACCUUGGUGUUCCUUCGCUGUUUCGUGGCUGGGUGGAUGUCCAGGGACAGGGCGCCGCCAACGACUACUGCAGGGUGGUAGCCAACUCGGGCGGUUACUUUUUGUCCUGCUCUCUGGCCGGGAUGGAGGGCGCCCCCACUGAUCUCAACUACAACAGCACAGGGCCCUGGUUCGAUGCCGGUCACAUGGACACGUGGUACAUGAUGGACGUGAACGAAGACGGCAGGGAUGACUACUGCAGGUGCAUUGGCUGCCUGCCGACUACCCACGUCUCGUGCCUGCUGGCCGGUGAGGGCGCUUUCACGGCACAGACGCUCGACUACGAUCCAGUGCCAGGGGGCUGUCACUACAAUACGGUCAACCCGUACUUUGGACGGUAGAGGGCGUUUGGGCAAGGCAGUACAGAGAGCAUCACCACGUGUUUGUCUUGUGAAUGCAACUUUUCAACUUAACGGUCAUUAUUAUUAUUAUCUAGCAUUAUAUACACGCCCUUUUUUUGGUAGAUGCAUUAUAGGCCGUCUACUUAAACACAACAUUUGCAUUUCGAAAGCUCGAAAGUAGCCUAAACUCACAAUUCUUCUCGCACACAAACUUAAAAAAAAAUAAUGAACAGCAAAUCAACAAACAACAAGUGGAUUUUAAUACGUACGAAUGAUUUGGUCGGGAAAAAACUAUGAUUAUGCGAAAAGUCUAAUAACAAAACGUGACGUGCCUCCCAAGUGCCGACGAUUUGGGACAUACCUUUGUAUAAGUACCAAACAAUUAAAUGUUUGUCAUAAUGAUUUGAUUUUGUAGCCUAAGAAAAUUGUAACUGCAUGUACAGGUCACAUGUUAUGUAGUUUUGUUCGAUUCGUACAGAAAUUUUGAUGAUUUAGCUUAAGUCAUGGACUGUACAUUCAUGUAUGAUGUUGAAAAUUUGCUAUUUCUUUUCUCGAAGUUAAUGUUAUACGUUUUGGCCAUAACCUACACAAGUUUAAAGUAUAAGUAGAUGUUAAAUGUGUACGUAGAGAGUCAAAUAAUAUCCUAAAAAGCAAAUGCAA